AUGGAGGGAACAAGGGUUAGGGUUGCUCUCAUUGUUUGUUUGAUGUUGGGGAUGCUUGUGACUGAGUCGGCAGCAGCAUUUUCCCCUCUUUGCUAUGCCAAAUGCUUCUUUAUGUGUCUUAUAAGAAGAAGGAAUCCUAUCUUAUGCGGUACACUAUGUGUAGUCAAGUGUCUUGUAUCUGGUGGUGAUAAGGACAAAGAGUGCUAUGAACGAGUCGUUGACAAAUGCCUCUCAGAGGGAAGAAGUAAAGAGGAUUGUGCUAAUGAGGCUGAGCAGCAAUGCAAACGCGCAAAUAUGCUGUCUGAAUCGAAUCCUAGUUACCUCUGCCAGUAUGGUUGCGCUACGAAUAUCUGCGCUAAAAUAAGCACUGCAUAUAACCCUGCUGCGCUCAAAGUAUCUAAAUGCGUGGACAAUUGCGGGACGAUGUGCGCCAAGAACUGA